AUGGGUCAGCCUGGGAAUCCUGGAGCGACAGGUAAUAUUGGUCAAUCUGGUAAUGUUGGAUCAAUUGGAGCAACUGGUUCAACAGGUUUGCAAGGUACUGUUGGUAGUCCCGGAAAUCAAGGAAAUGUUGGAUCUACAGGAUCUACUGGAGACCAGGGAAGGCAAGGUGAACGGGGGUUAAAUGGAAAUCCUGGUAAUCCUGGACCCACUGGUUUUCCAGGAUUACCAGGGCCUGUCGGUUUUUCUGGACAAAAUGGACCACCAGGUAUUGCUGGUAAUACUGGUUUUUCUGGCAACACUGGUUCACCAGGAUCAAUUGGUGCACCAGGUCAGAUUGGAUCUCCAGGCCCGCUUGGUGUUAAAGGCUCUCCUGGAUUAAUUGGAAAUCCGGGUCUCUCCGGGCAACAAGGUUUUAAUGGGAAUCCAGGAGCAACAGGAGAAACUGGUUUUGUUGGUCCUGCUGGUAAUACCGGGUCUGUUGGCAAUCCAGGUGUUAAUGGAAAUAUUGGAGAACCAGGUUUACUUGGACCACCUGGAAAAACUGGUGAACCGGGAAAUACUGGAACACAAGGCCUUCCCGGUAUUCUUGGACAACGAGGUGAUCCUGGUCCAGUUGGAUUAGAUGGAAGUCCUGGACCUCAAGGUUUAUCUGGAGAUAGAGGAGAAAUGGGUUUGCCAGGUUAUCCAGGCGUAAAUGGUGCUACUGGUUUUUCCGGUGAUAGAGGAGAUACUGGGCCUACAGGUGCUCCUGGUAUGAAUGGUUCUCCUGGUUUGAAUGGUUCGCCUGGUAGCCCAGGAGCCACUGGCGCGCCAGGUAUUGGUGUUAACGGUCAACCAGGUCAAAUGGGGUCAGAGGGUGUACGAGGACCAAAUGGAACUCCUGGGUUGAGAGGAAAUGUUGGUGAGACUGGUCAGCCAGGAAUGCCUGGUCUAACAGGAUCAAAAGGUGAACCAGGACCAACUGGAAAUCCUGGACCAACUGGUGAUACUGGGUUUCCUGGAAAUCUUGGUUAG